CACUUCCGCUCGGGGGCGGGGCGUCGCCAUGGCGGCCGGAGGCAGAGCCCGGCGGCCGGAGAAGCCGCGAUGAAGGAUGAGGAUGAUCUCGCGAUACACGCGGAAGCCGGUGCCCCCCGACGCCCUGGAGAUCCAUGGACUUGUAAAGCAUGCUUUAGAGCAUCAUCCCCUGCCAGAGCCACUAGAUGACAUUUACACAGCUACUCCGGCCACUGAAAGCUAUGAAGAAUUCUUGAGGGAGUCUGAAACCUUGAAGGAAUCAAAUUACCCAGAUAUUACUGCAGCUGACAAUGGGAGCUCAUGGUCUGCUAGUCAGAGUUACACAGGCACCUCCACUGAAGACAGCUCAGUCUUCUCCUGGGGUUACGAUGAAUUUGAUAAAGCUGCCACACGACAAGUUCAGCAGAUGUUCAGACACAUUGAUGAGCUUUUAUAUGAACAGAAAGAAAGUGUGCAUGUUGAGGGUCUGCAAGAAGAGUGCCAACAAUGGACAUCUAGCUUUCCUCAUCUCAGGAUUUUGGGGAAGCAGGUAGUAAUCCCCACAGAUGAAGGUUUUGGGUGGUAUUCAAGUUCACCUUCUAGCAGCUUAGGUUCAGUGGAUGUCAGCCCAGUACAAGAAAGAGAUUAUAGUGAGUUUAGUAUUUUGGGCAAGAAGAUACCUCUCUGUGUUACUCCCGUUCAUAAAGAUGUUGACUUUUCAAAACCUCCUACUGUUUGCUCUGUGGAGAGUGAAGAAGGUGAAGAUGGAGUAAUUGUCUCUGAAGGAAUAAUGGAGGAAUAUUUAGCAUUUGACUGCAGAGAUGUAAGGAAAUUAAGAGUGUCAGUUGGAAACACCACUUAUUUUGUGCAACUUGCCCAAUGGAAACAAAAGGAGGAAGAGUUGCAUGAAAGGAAAAUGGGACUCUCAUCUGACAGACAGAAAUUAGGUUUCCCUCCUAUAUCUCCAUGUUACUGCAUGAAGGAUGCUGUGCUCACAUAUGUGUUUGAUGAUGUGUGGAGUGAAGUCCUGGGCUCUAUAGAGGAGUUAAUCUGCCGGCACUGGGAAGGAUCAGUCUCCGAUGAUGAAAAAAAAGUCAUAACUGUAGAAACAAUGAGAAUGGAUCCUGGAAGCCCUUUUCUGCAGUUUGAACCUCUGCCAUUGGUGUUACCUCGAGUGCCACAAGCUAAAAUGCCCUCCAUCACCUCAAAUUUGUGCCCACAACCCAGAUGUAGCCGCAAAACCAAAAAGAGGAGAAAAUCACCUCAAAUAAAUGUCUCUCAAGGAUCAAGUGGUGGCCCUCAACAAAAUCUGAAUGGUUUGAUGAUGAUACAUGGGAUCCAUUUACAGCAAAGGAAUCUGCCUCUAAUAGACAAAAUAUUAGAUCUGGAUGACAAAUCACUAUUGAGGCCAGGCUCCAGUUCCAUCCUCUCAACAAGAACUCGACCAAAUCGCACUCUAGAGCUCAGUACGUCUUCUCUGUCAUAUUCUGCUCAUUCUGCUAGAAGACGCAACCCACCACCACGCACCCUGCAUCCCAUCAACACUAACCACUCUCGUUCUGGGACACCAAGAUCCAUGGAUGAAGUCAUCAGGGGAACACGACUUCCUACUGCACAUGACCAGCUGUUGUCACCGUCCUUAAUGCCCUUGAGCCGAAAUAAUCCUCUGCCACCUAUUAGUACUGCAGACGUGGUGGAACACUUGAACACCGUGAGAUCCCAAAGACAAACGGAAGCCCGAGGGAAUUCCAGUCGAGCUCAGAGUGCAAUGGAAGAUGAGAUUAACCAUCAGCAGCCACAGGAGAGGCUUUUCUUACCUGAUCAUUUCUCCAGGCCUAAUACAACACAUGCAUUUUGGCCCGAUCCACAGUAUCGCCGUUCUUGCACAGUUAUUGAUUAUGCUAAUCAACCCCGGACCAGUAGAGGAUCAGCAGGCACAGUAGGUCUUCAGCUACAUGGUUCUGUAAGAGCUCACAGCAGAGGUGGAUCAGUUACAAGAAGCAGACAAGGACUAUGAGUAAUGAACUCUCACCAUGAUGCAUUGAGCACAUCUGGACGCUCAUGAAACAGUGUUGAAUCUCAGCAAUAUCAAACUUGUUUACAAAAGAAUUUAAGAACAUCUUCACGAAGGAUCUUAUUUUUGUAUGUUAUAUUUUAAAAAAGCAGCUGCCAAAGACUAUAGGGUACUCAGCACAUUUCAGUUUUCUUCCUGUAGACCAGGUUCUGCUAUUCUGGUGAACACUAAAGCUUGUAUCCUAAAAGUCUACCAAAAUUUUCCACUAAACUAUUGCUAAUAUUUUUCAUAUUAAAAAGGACUAUUGGCUCAGGACUCUUUGCUUCCCGUUACUGCAGCAGUGGCACUACUGGAACAGUUGCCUAAGGGCUAACUUUGCUGUGAAAAGUGCAAUAGUCUUUCACAAUCUAUUUACUAUAUAUUAAAGGAUUUAAAAAAAAUCUUAAUUACUACACAUUGAUAUUUCUGGCAUGAUUUCUCUAUCAAAAGUGAGUAGAGUUAUUGCAUAUAAUGCUGCUUGUACAACUGUGGUGUUCAGGUACUUUGGACAAACGGUGGAUCCUGUGGUGAGAACACCAGAUACAACAGUUGCAUAAAAUAAGGUAGCAAAUAAAGAUGAAAGCUUAUGCUUCCACAUUUGCUAAUUUUAACUUGCAGUCUUAACUGUAGCAUGUCCUUUCCUGUAUUAUAAACUAAUACCUCUCCCCCAGUGACUCAGGCAAGUGACCUCAAGGGACAAAAGCAAUCAUUUUGCUGAAAAAUUAUUCCCACCCACUACUCAAAGUAAGAGAAUCCUUUAAAUAUUCUUCUUGAUUAAAUAUUUUGUUAAGUAAUUUCAGCAGAUGAAUGUCUCCAUUUUGAAACAAAUUAGAGUGACUAAAGAAGUGUUUCUGUGCACCAGCAUCAUUCACCAUUUCAGUCAUAUAUGAGAGCUUUCUUAGGCACACACAUUCUGCUUUUGUAAGAUAGACAUACUGGGAUAUAUUAGAAACAGUUACCAUUAAGACUUAAAUAUAGCUUAUACAUUAAAUGCAACAAUUUCACAGUAAAGCAGCUAACCUGUAAUUCAGUUUAACUACAAUUAGCUUCAGGUCUUACUAUUAACAGUAAGUGCCAGACUGCAAAUAUAUGUAUAGUCAUAAAUUGAGAGUAACCUGUUAUUUUUGAACAAAAGUUAUUCUGCUACAAUGUGAAGACAGUUACUUUGAGGGAACUGAUUCUUUAAUAAACAAAUUGUCACCUUUUAUAUGCAAUUAAAAAGAACCUUUUCUAAACUUCA